AGCAUGUAACUAAGCAACACAAUGUUGUCGGUGUUGUCGUGCCUGUGUGUGUUGUACGCGGUCUGGACGUGGUAUCUUCGGAAUUCUAGUUCGCCUGACAGGCCGCCAUACCUUCGCGGAAUAUUUCCCGUCAUAGGGAAUUCACUUCUUUUGCUUGAAGGACGUAAUGCAUUAUUUCGCCACGUGAUAAAUAUAUCCAGAGACUGUAUAAAGAAAGGCGGAGUUAUUUGCGGGGCAUUGGGAUUUCACAGAUAUUAUAUAAUAACCAAUCCUCAAGACGCAUUGACCGCGGCGAACAGUUGCCUUCAAAAACAUUUUGGUUACAAAUGGGGGAAGCGAUGGCUGGGAAACUCUUUGAUUAUGUCUACAGGUGAAAUUUGGAAAAAUCAACGUAGAAUGAUUGCACCAGCAUUCAGUUUGCCAAUAUUGCAUGGAUACCUUGGAGUGUUUAAUACUAAAGCAAGAGAAUUGGUAGAAAUAGUAUCAACUCAGACUGAACCCACCUUUAACAUUUUACCAUAUAUUAAAGAUGUUAUUUUUAAAAUACUUUCUAAGACAGUGUUUGGAGUUGACGAACUGGAUGAUAAAAAUUUUAUAAAACAAUACAUGAACGCUACAGACACAAUUUUAAAAAACUUUGUUGAUAGAUUUAACAAUCCAUUAUUAUACAGUGAUUUCAUGUACCAAUUAUUAGGAUAUAAAAAGAUAGAAGACGAAAUCAUCAGAAUUUCAAGUAACAUGAGUGAUACUGUAAGUAUACACGUACAUACGUUAUGUUUAAGCCAGAGGGUAAGGUAA